AAUGGGAACCGAAUUUAGUAAAUUAAAUAUCUCAGGUGGAAAUUUUAAUCACAAAAAUUGUUCAUGUUGUAAUAAACCCUUUACUAAAGGAUUAUGGUGUAAAGAAUGUGACCCAUUUAGAAUAAUGGAAGGAUGGACCAGUGGAAAUUCUGAUAUUGAUAAAUUUAUAAAAGAUACAAUGUGUAAGCCGAAAAAUUGGAGUCGUAAAUAUAGUUAUCUAUUUCUUGAAUGGGUACCAUUUGAUAGAUUUACAGAUAUAAAAGAAAUUGGUGAAGGUGGAUUUGCCAAAGUAUAUUCUGCAACUUGGAUUGAUGGUAAAUUAGAGUACUAUGAAAAUGAUGAUGGAAGUUGGGGAAAGGUUCGUCCUAAUCCUAUAAAAAUCGCUUUGAAAAGGUUAAAUGGAUCACAGAAUAUGUCAAAUAAAUAUUUAAAUGAACUUAAAAUACAUUGGAAAAUUUCUAAUGGAGCUGGAUUAACAUUUUAUGGAUUAACUAAAGACCUAGAAACUAAAGAAUUUAUGAUGAUUAUACAAUUUGCUGAUGAAGGAAAUUUGAGAAGUAUUCUUUCAAAUAACUUCAACACCAUUAUGUGGGAAAGUAAAAUUAAUUAUUUAAUACAUAUUUUAGUUGACUUAAAACAUAAAGAUUUUCAUAGUGGGAAUAUUUUACAAACUAAUACUACUUGUAUUUCAGACUUUGGAUUAUCUGGACCAGCAAAUGAACAAAAAUCAGAUGAUAAAAUAGUAUACGGAGUAAUGCCAUAUAUUGCACCAGAAGCUUUAAACGGAGAACCAUAUACAUCAUCAUCCGAUAUUUAUAGUGUAGGCGUAAUUAUGGCUGAAUUAUCAUCAGGAAAACCACCUUUUUACAAUAAAAAACAUGAUUUAAGUUUAGCAUUAACCAUAUGUAAUGGACUCAGACCAGAAUUUGGAAAAGGAACUCCUGAAUUUUAUAAGAAAUUAGCUUAUAAAUGCAUGAAUGUCAAUCCAAAUGAAAGACCAGCAGCUGAAGAAUUAAGAAAUAUAUUUGGUUUUUGGUAUAAUUCUAUUCAAGGUAAUGAAGAUAAUAAAGAAAAAUACGGUUAUAAAGGAAACGAAAUCAAAGCAGCAUUUGAAGAAGCUGAUAAAGAAAUACCAAACAUCUCAACUUCGUAUGAAAAGAAUUCUGAUGCUGUAUAUACCAGUAGAGCGUUUACAUUUAACAAUUUAUUACCAAAACCCGUUAAUUCAUCCAUUAUUAGUACUUUAUAUGUUAAUAAUGAAGUUUGUGAUUCUCAAUUAAUCGACUUGGAAGUGUCUAACUCAAUACAAUUAAGAGGUGCUAUUGAUAUUGACGAUGAAAAUAAGGUUGAUGAUUUAGUGAAUUAAUAUUAUUUAUUUAUAAGCUAUAGUAUAACAGUACAAUUGGUAGCUUAGUUCCUUGUAAGCUUAUGAUAAAAUUAAGUGACUUAAAAA